GGAACCCCUUGCCUGAAGUGCAACAGUAUGUGUUUUGGAGGCUUCAAGGUCCUGUGUGGGUGGAAAUGGCACCAAUCCAGAGCACACAAGAUAAGAAAAUUAUGUAGGAAGACAAAUCAAUGAAUAAUAAAAUAUUAACCAGCAGCAGGGUGAGUGGAAGAGGGUGAGCUGCAGCGAUCUGUCCAGGAGCUACAUCGCUUAAAAUGAUCACCAGUCCAAACGUGGGUUUGGUCAACGUGGAGAAUAUGAAGCUCGGGCCUUCACUGCUGAUGAUGCUCUGUUUACUUAGACAUGGACUGACAGGUGAAGUCUAUACAGCGUCUCCUGAGAACACCAAUCUGGACAGCUCUUUUCUGUUUAAUGGCACCGGUACGCCACAGCGGGUUCCUGAGGAAUGCAACUUGAGCCUGGAGACUCAGCGGGCAGUUGGUGGUGCUAUAACUCAAUUGGGACUAAAGCUACUAGUGAAUCUGCAGCCUGGAACUGAACAACCAAACGUCGUUCUGUCUCCACUGAGUAUUUCUCUUGCACUUUCACAGUUAGCUUUGGGUGCCAGGAACGAGACCGAGAAGCAACUGUUAGGAGCUUUACAUGCAGCUUUGCUAUCUGACUAUUAUAAAACUUUAAGCUGCCUACAAGAACAACUGAUUGUCAAGGCCGUUAAAGUGGCCUCUCGUAUCUACCUCAAACCAGGCUUUGGCCUGAGGAAGGAAUUUCUGGAACGAUCCCUUCAGCUGUUCAGAUCAUCACCCAAACCUAUUACUUCUGUAGAAGAAGUUAAUCAGUGGGUCGAGGAGGCUACAGAUGAUAACAUCAAGAACUUUUUGUCCAUUCUUCCACCCAGUGUGGUCUUGAUGCUGAUAAACGCUGUUCAUUUUAAAGGGGAGUGGAAGUCUCGCUUUGAUGCACGUUUCACUACCAAGGAUCUUUUCUACAUUGACAGACAGACAUCUGUAAAGGUGGACAUGAUGAUGGGAUCCAAACAUCCUCUCAGCAUGUUUGUGGAUGGAGAGCAGGGCAUACAGGUUGCUCGAUUCCCUUUUCAAAAAAACAUAAGCUUCCUGGUGGUCAUGCCCAUGCAAUCAGAAAAUUUGUCAAGAGCAGCAGCCAACCUCAACAUCUCGGAGCUUUACAGAAGGCUUCCAAACGAAAUCCCGAUGCUCGUCAAACUGCCCAAGUUCAAACUGGAAUAUAAACAGGAUUUGCAACAAGCGCUCACAAGCAUGGGUUUGGGUGCACUAUUCUCUGGCCCUAAUCUGUCUGGUAUUGCAGAAGGCCCUCUUGUAGUGUCUGGUGUCCAGCAUGCCUCCAGUAUAGAGUUAAACGAGGAGGGUGCUCAGGCCUCGGCUGCUACCUCGGUCACUCUGGUGCGCACCAUCCCCAUCUUUGCAGUCAACAUGCCAUUCAUCUUUGCCAUAGUGGACGAUGUUUCGCAUGCACCCCUCUUCCUCGGGACGGUCACCAACCCGAAUCCUGGAGCCACAGCCGAAUUAAGCGAUGACCCCGAAAUCUUACGUUUCCUCAGCAGCAACAUGCCAAGCGAUAAACCUCAGAAUGAUGACCCGUAUUGGGAUAACAUGCUCCAUGACGAGUCUCAAUGAACCAGAAAACAAACGCGUCUCCCAAACGUCAGAAUUGAUGAGGGGCAGAUUGGCCUGAGUUGAGCACAGAAAUGCAUGGACCUCUCCCAAUCCAGACACUGUACCUACACAUGCACAUUUUUAUGAUCCGAUCAGCCGUAAUGCCACAGGACAUGGAUAAAAAAAAACAAAAGAAACCUAGAUAUUUAAAGUAUGUUCAAAUGACUUUAAACAUUAGUUUUAUAUUCCAUUUGUAAUGAGUUGUCAAUCAUAUAUCCAAUCAUAUUUACGUUUUGUUAUGUUUUGUGCUUCUUCUUCCUUUUUGUUUUUUCUUCAUGAGAAACUGCAUGUUGUCGGGAGGUGGAGGCGAUGUAGCUUUUUCUCCUUCUCUGGUCAGAAAGUGAAACUGUAGCAAUUAAAUUGUCACAAGGUCACAACUCUGUUCUGACAUUGCAUUUCUGUAAAUUAUAAUAAUGCCGAAAUUUUUUGCAUCUAUACUGCUUUCAAACUUUUAUAGUAACUUCUAUAAUUGUAGGUAAAACAGACUUAUAAUAUAAUAUAACAUUAUAUAUAUACAGUACACUGCAAAGGUUUUUGCAAGGUUUUGGCAGUUGCUAAAAAGUAAGAAUGCUUUCAAAUAUAUAUUUUUAAUGGGUUUUAUUUAUCCAUUUACAUAAUGCAGACAAGUGAAGCAAAUAAAAGCAUCAAAUCAA